ACACAAAUUAAAAUUAAAGUAGUGUCCUCUGUUGAAGCUUCCUUGAAACUAGGGUUAGAGUUCUCUCUUGCGGGUAACAGCGAAUCCAGUUGACUGUGUCAGCAAAUUAAUAGCCUAAUUUCAUCGAAGUAAAAGGUGUGACGAAUUAAAAUAGGAAUAAUUGUGCGAAAUAGAAGCAACGAAGAAAGUGAGGAAAAAAAAACAUUUGUCGGAAGUGUGGUUAGAAUCGCGUUCUUGUAACGGCGCAUGUCGCCACCUAUUGUUGAUCUGACAGGAUCUUGUGUAGUUACGGUGAAAGCUAUUGGAUCUUCCGUACGUUUCGUGAGAAACUGAAAAGCGGUCAAUCGGUUUCUGGAUUCUAUGAAUCUUAUCGAAAUUCAGUCGAGAGGGUCGUGUCGAGCCAGAGAUUGUUCUGGAUACGAAAAAGGGAAAUUUCAUCAGAAAUUUCGUCUACUUUUGGAGUAGAUGCGUUCGAGGCCAGACAUGGCGGCGAUUCGAUGAACCAAUUACAGCAGCGCUCUCUUAGACGAUCAGAUAUUGUAAAUUCCCCUUAUAUUCGCGUCAGUGAAUGAUUCUGUACUUAUUUUGAUCGUUAUUGGUAAUAAACCGUGCACUUAUCAUUACGGGAAAGUGAUAUCCGUACGCCGACGCGGAGGUAGAAGCCACGCAAGAUCGUACCGAGACGUUAAUCAUGAAGGAAUUGUGUUUGGUCACGUGACCGUAGCCGAAAAAUGGCGCAAAGAUCAGAGUACAAACAUGGGUUCCAUUUCAUUGCUACGGUGUCAUUUGUAUUUGUUUACAAGCGCGCGUUACCACAAACCACGUGUUAAGUAAGUGCCAUUUCGUUGACAGUGUGUGACAGACAAUGACGGGGAGAGGGACGAAGAGACGGGGCCGACCCCCGAAGUCGGUGGUCAUGGAAAGGCCCAAAAAGUUUCAGUACCAUCUUAUGAAGAAGCCGAAAUACUUACAAAACAAGGGUUCAGAAACGACAGGCUCACAGCCGAGUACGCCGACACCCUCGAGACCUUCAUCGCCGGUCGAAAGCGAGGACAGCAGAAGGAGCACACGAACUCGAAAAUCUCGUGGAGCCAGAGACAGGCAUUCACGCAAAGGUGGUCAUUCAGGUGCAGCAUAUCAACGCCGAGGUUACAAUCCAAAUGUGGACUAUCACGACUCUGAGUAUCAUUAUGGCUCGGACUUUGGUGACGAGUCCAGUGAAAAAAGUGAAGUUGAAGAGGAUAUUCUACAAAGCGACGUGGAAUCAUCUGAAAGUAUAGAGGAACCUGAUCCCUCCAGUGACAGUGACUUUUCUCUUUCAAGUUAUAGUAAUACCAGUGGGACACCCCGCAAAACAUUGCUAAGCCAACAAAGACCGCCGAGUCCAGAACCGUUGUGGCUUCAAAACAGGGAACUGCCACCAUUGAAUUUACCUAAAUCGUCGGAUGACCUACUAGCACCUAGAGAAUUUGUAAUGCCAUCUUUGUGUAUUUACGAAGUAUUGAGACAUUUCCGUACUUUAGUACGGCUCUCAGCCUUCAGAUUUGAAGACUUCUGUGCAGCUUUGAUAUGCGAGGAUCAAACCAACCUGUUAGCUGAGAUACACAUUAUGCUUAUCAAAGCUCUUCUCAGAGAAGAAGAUUCUCAGCAGACACACUUUGGUCCUCUUGAUCAAAAAGACUCUGUGAACGUUAGUUUAUAUUUUGUGGAUUCUAUGACUUGGCCAGAAGCUUUACGUUCUUAUGUAGAAAGUGAUAAGUCAUUUGAUCAAAAUAUUUUACAUAUUUUGUCCAAUUGUGAAUAUCCUUUUACCUCUAUCGAAGAUAGACUUAAGGUGCUACAAUUUUUGACAGAUCAGUUUUUAAUUACAAAUCCAGUAAGGGAAGAUCUGCUACAUGAAGGUACAACAAAUGGAAAUAUGCUCUACGAUGAUCACUGUAGAGUGUGUCAUCGUCUGGGAGACUUACUGUGCUGUGAAACCUGUCCUGCAGUGUUUCACUUAGAAUGUGUUGAACCUCCUUUGGUUGAUGUUCCUACCGAAGACUGGCAAUGUAGUACAUGCAAAGCUCACAAAGUGACUGGAGUUGCCGAUUGUAUACCUGAUGUGGAGAAAAAUGGUUCACUAUGUCGUCAAGAACAUCUAGGAUUUGAUAGACAUGGUAGAAAGUAUUGGUUUCUUACGAGAAGAGUUUUUGUUGAAAGUGAGAAUGGCGAAGUUUGGUAUUACAGCACACCCUUACAACUAGAGGAGUUAAUGCGUUGUUUAGAUCGCAAUGAAAUGGAAGUAGCACUUUAUAGAGAAUUAUCAGAUUACAAAGAUGAAAUUAUAAGACAAAUGGAGCUUACAGAACAGAUUACUAACCAGUACAAGGGUAACAAAAAAUCGUAUUUGGAAGUGGAAAACAGUCUGAUACAAAAGUUGCAAAAAGAACGACAAGAUAAACAAGAAAAGGAGGAAGAAGAAAAGAAGGAGAAACAAAGGCAAGAAGCUGAAGAGAUGGUAAGAAGAAUACAUGAAGGUACAGAUUCUCUUGAAGAACGACUAGCAGCCGUCACUGGACCAGAAGAAGGGAAGUCAUCUGAAGAGUUAAAUGCUAAGGAAAGUGCUCAGAAAACGGAAAAUAUGGAAGUAGAUAGUGUUGGUAAUACUUUAACAGACGGAGUAAGUAAAGAUGCAAAAGCGAGUACAUCGUCAUCGUCCGAAGAAAUUGAAGAAGACAUAUUAGAGGAAGAAGACGGUAUUUCAAAGAUUGGUAAAGAUGGGAAAAAGCAUACUAUUGUGACUAGAUCAAAAACAGGGUCUUUACAGCCUAGAACGUUUAAUAUGGAUGACAUAAAGAAACGCAACUCCGGCCCGUUGUCAAAGGAAGAGCUAGAGAAGCUAGAUAAAAGUUUGAAAGACGAGGGAGAUGGUACAAGGUUAACAAGACAGAAAGCUCAUCAAAUAGCUUCUGGCACGCAUCUGUUCAAAUUGGGAAUGGACAAUAGUUUUAAAUCAUACGUAAAUCAGUACAGCACCAACCCAAUUGCUUUGAACAAAGCUCAGCGCAACGAAGAACGCGACAAAAAGAGGCAUUUAUCACAUAAAUUUUCGCUUACUCAAGCCUCUGAAUUUAAAUGGGUAGGAAGUUUGACAGGCACUCGGGCGCUUUUAGUAAGCACGCUUCGUCAAACAAUUUUACAGUUAGAGAGCAACAUUCAAUCGUCGUUUAUGCAUACAAAUUGGCCUCUUUUACGUAAACCUUGGACUACGGCGGUAGGAGCUUGCGUCAAUCCCAGAGAUUUCGCACGUGCUCUUAUCGUGCUUCAAGCAUGCAUCAAAUCGGUAGUGUUUGCUAGCGUGUGGCAUGAGCAACUAGGACAUGUGAAGUUGCAGAGAGUAACGGCUCUUGAACGAGAAGAAAAGAAACGACAAGAUAAAAAGGAUAAAAAGGAGAGAGAAGACGAAGAAGAACGCAAUCGUCUGUUCAACUUCGUGAAAUACACGUUAGGCUUGAAGCAUCAGGUCUGGAAACAAAAAGGAGAAGAGUAUCGCGUGCACGGUCAAGGUGGCUGGUUAUGGAUAUCUGCCAGUCGCCGCUACAGAUUUGCAGAUAUGUCGAAGUUGGGUCUUCGGAAUGGCCCCCAGAAAAUUAUGGUACAAAUCAAAGAUCAGGAAGGAUUAAAAAUAUUAGCUCUGGAUCCUCCUACCUACGAAUUCCUGAUGAAAGAAUAUUGCCCUUCUAAGAAAGAGGAGAAUCAGACAAACGUUAAAGUGAAAGAGGAAAUUAAAGAGGAAGAAUCAUCGAAGGAUACGUCGACCAACGUGCCCGUAAAGCAAGAAUGUAAAGAAGAAAAAGAUGUAAAAACAGAAGCAAAUGAAGAAAAUCAAAGCAACACGGGAACAGUUGCGAAAACGGAGGAGACGGCGACGAAGACAGAAUCGGAAUCGAUUAAGCAAGAAACCAAAAUGAAUUUAUCAUUUUUAGCCGGUAUGAAAAUUGAGAAAGUGUACACACCCAUCAAAGAAUUCGAAGAAAUCGAUAUUACCAAGGCACUAACUACUAAUGGAAGGCUUCAUUACCCAAAAAUUGCCAAGAAAACUCGGAUCGAUGAUUUCCUGGCGCGUAGGACACAUUUGAAACUUUUGGAAGAAAGAAGAUUACUACAAUCUGAAAAAUCAAAAGAGUUAUUGAGUCAAUCUACAAAUCAAAAAGUAGAUGGUGAUUCUGAAGUCGAUGUUGAAAAUAACGAGGAAAGCGAUACUGAUGGAGGUGAUAAUUCCUUACAAAAUAUUUUAGCUGGGAAACAACCUAAAGCAACUACCGAAAUGUUGGCAGCGGUAGGAAAACGUAUUCAGCAGGUUAAAACCCAGUACGGGAAUAUAAUUAAACUUACUAAAAAUACCAGCUGUUAUUCGCGAUAUUGCAACAUGACGGCACAGCCUGGAAAAAUUACGAUCACAACGCAAAGCUUAACUUCCACCUGUUAUUCUCCCAUAUGUAUGCAAAAAGCGAAAUUGAAACUCGAUCUUGUCGCGUUGUUGAGAAAAGCGAACACCCUGAAUAAUAAUCAAACGACGUCGAAUUCAUCAACCAGUGUAAAUGCGACACAAACACCGAAGACCUGUUCGAAAACAGAUAGUGACGAAGCUAGAGAUGCAAUUAGAAAGGAUUUAGAAUCCGCCGUGAAAUCCGCGACUCACUGCACGGAAGAAACACCAGCUACGAACGUAAAUCUUUCUUCGCCCCCUAGCAAGAAGUUAAGAGUUGAAUCCAACGCGAGUGCUGAUGAGGCCAAUUCGAGUAAAGCUGAUGCAGUGACGACCAUAACGCAGGAAACUACGAAAACGGUGACUGACGAUGUGCAAAGUGUGCAAGAAAAUGCGACUUCUCAAAAUUCGUCCGAGACCAAGGCCAGCUUGGGUCAAAAGACAACCAUGAUUGUCAAUCGAAGGGGAAGGACUGUACAAAGAUGUGUGAUGGCUAAGGAAUUGAAUGCCGAUGGUUCGGAAAGAGUUUACUCUACUGUUUCGACCGAUGGAAAAAUAUAUUUAAAGAAAGUGGCAAUUUCUUUGGCCGACAGAAAGAAAAAACGUACUCCGGUUAAAUAUCCGUUGUGUUCCACGUUUUGCACAAAAAAUAAACAUCGUAGUAUAUUGUUACUUCCGCAACACGAAUUGCGUAAAUUGGCACGAGUUGGCGGACGAACGCCAGUUCAAGGUUUUCAUCACAUUGCUAAGGCAAAUAUGUCGGUAUGGCCGUAUCCUUGCCCGAGACCAUUAUUUAAAACAUGCUGGUUAUACAGAACAGUUGGUAUAAAAUCAUUGGCUGCAGCGGCCCUUCAACUAAGAAUAUUAUGGGCAUGUCUUCGAUGGGAUGAUAUGGCUGCCAAGCCGUUGUCUACUGAUGGCAAGCAUCAGAUUACGACCGACACAGAAAUUAUGUCGCUGGAAAUACUAAGACACCGUCACGUUGGACAAUUUCUAGAUAAAACACAGUACUUGCGUAGGAAAGUCGUUAUACCUUUGGAACUUCCAAAACAAGUCCGAGAAGUGACAUCCAUAAGGAGUGGAUUAAGAAAACGAAAACGGCCGGAAUCCCCGCAAAGUACCGAGCCACAAGUUACAGAGGAAUGGGUUGAUGAAGACAAGUUGGAGUUAUGGGAGAUCAAACAGUAUGGUGAUAGGUUAGAGAAGGCUAAUGCCCAGAUUAUUACUAGGAGCCGUUCGGGACAGCCACAGACCGCGGUCGGUGCUAAUCGUAACUCGGGGUCGAAUUCCGGACUUGGCGAUCAACUCGUCAGCGGCAAAGCUACCCCUGAGGAGAUUAAAGAAAAGAUGGAGCAGCAGUUACGCAUGCAAAGAGCUGCCCAUCAACAGAAGAGAGCAUUGGAAACUUUGAAAAGUCCAGCUGGUACCGGUUCGCCUACGCAAGUUGUCAAAGUUUCCGCGAACUCUGUUCAUGAUGGGACAAUUAAAUUAGUUUCUAAAGUUGCAAUACCGGCAAAUCCGAACAGUGGGUCAAAGUCUCAGCUGACUUCUCUCUUAACGACACCUGCGCAAAAUAAGACAUUCAUUGGUACAAGACGUAUUUAUAUGGCAAAAUCAUCGGAUGGAACAACAAAAGUUACGGGCGCUACAAGCAUUUUACCGAAAACUCAGUUGCAAACUGGGACUCAGCAGUCUCUGAUUAAAGUUCCUGGUCAGGCAGCGCCUGUACAACAGAUUCAGCAAAAAGUACAGCUGAUCAGAGGACCGGAUGGAAAGUUGCAAGUUCGGGGUCUUAUGCCUGGUCAGCAGUUAGUUCAAAUGCCUGACGGGAAGCUUCAUGUAUUGAACACUGGACAAGCGAUAACUACACUUGCACAAACAAGUGGAACAAGCACGACUACGCAGACAAAGACGACGACGACGACAACCGCAGCUAAAACGACCACAGCGGCUAAUACCGCGGUUAAAGCGAGUCCGGUUAAGGUAAUAACAAGUACUGUGCAACAGACGUCCCAGACUCAAUCUCAACAAACAGUUCAGCGCCCGUCAACGACCACUGUAACUAUUGCUACCACGCCGGCAAAGAAUGCUCUUGUAGUAGCCAAUACUGGGCAGAUCGUUCAAGGUGCACAAGUCAUAUCUUCCGGUGGACAAGUAAUUAGUGGAAAUCAAAUAGUAGUUACGAAUGCCAACUUAGCUCAACAACUUGCAUCAGGCAAAGCUCAAUUAACGACAAUCGGUGGUCACCAAGUGGUGAUUCGUAGCACCCCGACGGGCAAUCAAAUUGUACAUCUAAAUUCAACGAACAGUGGUGUCAUCGUAAAAAAUGCACCGACUAAACAACAUGUCUCCGUGAUCCAAUCUCCUCAAGCAACAACUACGACGACUGUAACAACAACUGAUACGAUUACCACGAGUGUUAGUAGUGUGUCGACGAAUGUAACGUCCGCUACUACAACCACAAUGGUGACAAAUCAGACUUCCACUGCACCAGCACCUGGAAGCAUGGAGGCGUCAUUGUUAGCUGGCCAACCACCCGGAACUGUUAUCAAAUGUGUGACUGCUCAAGUUAUACAGACUACGCAAGGUCCGCGUAUAGUUUUACAAGGUUUACAGGGUGCAGAUUUCACCCCGCAACAGCUUGCUAUGGUACAGCAGCAGGUCAAACAACAAUUGCUCAAAGCACAAGCUGCGACAGGAAAGCAAGGAGUUUUAGGACCUACUAAAAUUUAUUUAGCUGUUCAACCAGCACCCAACAGCCAACAAUCGGUUCAAAGUUCUACAACGGCAAACACUCCAGCUACGCCGGCAGCGAAGCCGCAAACUACACAGCAACCAGUUGUUUCGCCUGCAGCAGCAACCGAGCCUCAAUCAGGAACAGAAACCAUUCCAGAGCUCCCGUCUACGACAUCAAAUUCUCCUGAGAAACCGAAAGUAGUUGUCCAACAAGUUGGACAACCAAAUGUGGUAUCGGAAGAGGAAUCGCAAAAGACGAAUGUGGCUAAUGGUCAGCAGCCUUUACAAUCCUUAAAAGAAGGAAGCGAUUCCUCAGCUAACAAAUUCAUUCUAACGCCCGAUUACAUACAACAAACUAUCAAGAAUGCCUUGAAACAAGAGAACCUUAAUCCGGAGAUAGAAGAGAAACUACUACAGUUGCAACGGUAUCAGGAGAAACAGAUGAAAGGCGGUGUCGAGAACUCUGUGACUACUAACCAAACUCAUACGACGCCCACAGUUAUAACUCCACGUAUCCCGUCUCGUAAAAGACCAGCACCCGCUAACAUUCCAACGACGAUUUCAUCUACAAACGCCCAAAUGACGAUAAACGACAAAGACACGGAAUGGGACAGUCCUAGAAAGAAACCUGCGUUAAAACAAGAUGCUCGUGAAGCUCCAAAAGUGCAAAAAGUUGAACUAGCAGAGAAUGAGACUACACCACAGAAACGGGCAGCGAAGUUAAAAGACAGUCAGGAGCAGCGAAGAAAGCAACAGGUGCAUUCGAGAAUGCAAGUUUUAUUGUUCAGACAUAAAGAGCUAUUGAAAAAAGAUAUUCUAAAAAAGCGAGCAUUACUUGAAAAGGAAUUACAGAUAGACAUUCAGAAAGAUUUAUCGGCGGAACUGGCCUCGAGAACGAAGGCAGAAAGGCACAAGCAAGACGAAGUGAAGGUCGGUAGCGCGAAGCGUAAGGCAAACGCUCAAGUCGCUCAGCAAGUGAGUCCACCGAACAGAGGUGGAAGACCAAAGAAGUAUAAAGCACAAGGAAAUAAUACCACACCGCCUGGUGCUUCAACUGCGGCAGCGGCGAAUAGAAUUAAGAAAGAGAAAUUGUACUGUCUCUGCAGAACACCGUACGAUGAAACGAAGUUUUAUGUGGGAUGCGAUCUCUGUAACAAUUGGUUCCACGGAGAUUGUGUCGGGAUUACCGAAGAAAUGUGUAAAACUCUUUCAGAAUUCGUUUGUACAGAAUGCAGACACGCAAGAGACACGCAAGAGUUAUAUUGCCUAUGUAAACAACCUUAUGACGAAUCUCAAUUUUAUAUUUGCUGCGACAAAUGUCAGGAUUGGUUCCACGGUCGGUGUGUCGGUAUCUUACAAUCAGAAGCGGAUAACAUCGAUGAAUACGUCUGUCCAAAUUGUCAACGAAAUUCUUCUGUCAACUUUGCUAACAUGAAAAAUCUUAAUGCGAAAGAUCUGGAUUUGUUAAAAAAACUAAUUAAGCAAAUACAAGCACACAAGAGCGCUUGGCCGUUCAUGGAACCUGUAGAUCCGAACGAGGCACCCGACUAUUAUAAAGUUAUAAAGGAACCUAUGGACUUGCAGACUAUAGAACUGAGGAUAAAUGACAAGUCUUACAAAAAGUUAAGUGAAUUCAUUGGCGACAUGACGAAAAUAUUUGACAACUGUCGUUAUUACAAUCCGAAAGAAUCGCCCUUCUUUAAGUGCGCAGAAUCCUUAGAAACUUAUUUUGUUCACAAGAUUAAAAGUUUGAGAGAAAAGUUCUCUGAAGGAAAGUAAGCAAAAGAGAGAAGAGAUAUGAAAAAAGAAGAAAUAAGAGAACUGUAACUGGAAACGAGUGACAGUGUGAAAAAGGUCAAACAAUUUAACGUGAGCAUCAACAUUUUGUGUAACAGCAAAAAUGACUUGUGCCAGUAGAAAAGAGACAUUCGAAGUAGCCAUAAAUGUGUAAGAGUAGAACAUAUAAGUUCACUAUUUAUUAGAUUUGUGACAACGUUUGAUUGUGUCUUCGCAAGAGCAAACCUUAUUUGAGUCGUGCUGUACAGUGAAUUUUGAAUCGGAACUUACACGUGGUAAGAUUUUAAAUCUUUAACAAGCACACACACAAAACAGUUAAAAUAAUAUUCAACUAAUGACAAUCGUUAUGAAAACGAUUUUCCCGGCUAGCUACAAAGUCAACAAACAUUAAAAUUUGGUAUAACAGUAUACAUUAUAUUAAUCAAUUCAAUCUUUUAGUUGUAUGCGACAAUAAAAUAUUAAUUUAUCUAAUAUCACAGUGCUUUCAUAUCUCUUU